AAAAAAAAAAAGAAACUUGAAGGAUUCAAAGAAAUAAAGGAGAAUAGAGAAGCAAUAGCAAGAAAGGGUUCAAAUCAUGGAGGAUUUCUCUGAAUUCCGACUAAUAUCCGGUCAUGGUUGCCGCCGAAAUAAGAGUAACGGACUAAUAACGGUAAUAAAAGGACUAAUAACGGUAAAAAAAAGUACAAAUUUCAGUUUAGCAUAUUUUUUUCCGAGGAAAGAGGAGAGAGGGCAGAGCAAAACCCCAUUCAAAAUCGAACCCUUUACUCUCUCUUUCGUCGUCUGAAAAGUGAAAACCCCAUUCAAAAUUCUCCAUUGAAGAAGAUCAAAAAAGUCUCAUCUCCAUAUAAGUAAUUUGGGUCUAAGUGGUUUCACAUUUCUCUAACCCCAUCUUCAGGUACGAUUCAAACUCCUCAAGAACUGCAAUUUCAGAUCGGAAAUCGAUUAUCGAUGCUGUUGUUGUUACCUCCGAAAUCAAGUAAUUCUUGGCGUGUUAAAACUAGUAUUUGAUGACUUCGUAGUGUUUAUUAACUAGGGCUUACAGCCAUUGCCAAGAGCUUUCCUCUGCUUUCUUCGUAUGAGUAAUCAGUUGUGAUUUAGGAAUUUAGUUGAGAAAAUGACAUGCAUGCUAACUGAUUGAUGAAUUUCUCAUUGAAAUUUAGUUUGUUUCACAUGGAAGACGAGUUCCAAUGCUGUUAGGGAUGGGAGCGAAAGGCAAUUCAUGUUUACGUAUCUUUUUAGGAUUAGGACUUUUUGUUUAGUUUGGGAUUCGCUGUAUAAAUACCCUGCUAUCUUUUGUUCAUGGGGCAUUCAAUUAUUAAUCAAAGAAUUAUUAAUACAAGGUCUUUGAUUCCAGGUUACUCGGUUGGAACUAGAGGCAAAGAGGGGCGUUUCGAUUGAAGGAAUUCAAGAAAAAAAAAGAUAUUUAUUUUAGGAUUUUAGUGUUUUGGUUGUGUAGCAGGCGGAGAUUCUUUUGUUUUGGGUGGUGAUCUAAGCUGCUUGAUUGAAUUGCGAUCAGUAAUUCUGUAAGUAGAUUGUUACUUUGGGAAAUCAUUAGGUUAUUAUUUAUUAUUAUUAUUAGGUUAGUUUGCAAUUUUCAUACAGAUUUGGUACUUCGGAUCUGGUGUAUCUCUGAUUUGGACAUAGAUAGAUUCAGAAAUAUUUCUGAUCUGGUGUAUGUCUGAUUUUAACAUUAGAAGAAAGAUUUUAAUUAAUAGAUUUGGAAAAAAGGAUAAAGUAGAGUAAAUUAUUGAUUCGUGUGGUAGCAGAGACAAUCUUAAUCAUUGAAAUUGGUUUUUUUAUGCCUGAGCAAUGAAGAGAAAAAGAGAGAUCAGUAGUGGCGAAGUUUCCAUUCGCUCAGUGAAUUAUAGUGGUGAUGUUUCAAGAAAGGAGAUUAGGAGUGGUAAAGAAGUUUCAAGAAGCAGGGAGAUUAAAAGCGGUGAUCUUGAUGUUUCAAGAAACCUUUCUAGCCUGCAGUCAAUUAAUUUAGCAAAGGGGGAGGAGAUUAAUGAGACUAUGGGUGAUGUGUCGAGAAUGGAGAUUAACGGUGAUCUUGAUGUUUCAAGACACCCUUAUCUUUCUAGCCAGUCAGUUAAUUUAUUAAUGGGGAUUAAGAGUGGUAAAGUUUCAAGAUGUGACAUUAGGAGUUGUGAUGUCCGGAGAAGGGAGAUUAGGAGCUGUGCUGUUUCCUUAAAGCCUCUUAGUCAGUCUACAGAAAGAAGAGAAACAGAGAUGGACAAUUUCAAUGUUUCAAGAAAUCUUUCUAGCUGGCCAAUGGAUGUAACAAGGGGGAUAAGGAGCGUUGACGUUUCGUUCAGGUCUAAAGGUUCAGAAGGAGAAUGUACGAGAAAUGAUUUAGAAACGGAAAGAAGAAGGGACAAAGUCUUUUCUAAUCUUUUGUUAAGCCGUCAUCGGCGUUCUCUUGCUGAUGGUAAUGAACAUGAUGGUACUAUUGUUGCGUCCUGUGUUGGUAGUCAUCUUUCUGUUGAUGAUGGUAUAUUGUGUGAGAUUCUAAGCAGACUUCCGGUGAGAUCACUCUUGCGGUUCAAGUCAGUAUGUAAACGUUGGUUGUCUUUGAUUAAACACGAUCGACACUUUAUCAAUUUACACUUUACCCGUUUACGAUCACGUCCGAAUAUCCUCUUCAUCACUCCAUUGCAGAAGCAAAUCUCCGGUGGGGAUGGCUAUUGGUAUCAACCAAGUGAAACACCUCGUCAAUCUAUUUUAUUAGCAGAUAUAUCAUCAGUACUUGAAGGGAGCAGCAGCAGUACUGAUAAUAGCGAGGAAAGCGAAGCCAUUAUUCGUAACGUAAGGAUGACUACCGAUGACGAUUGGUUUGUUUAUGAUCUAGUCUUGAAACCGGUAAAUGGUUCGGUUUGCUUCAUUGAUCGGAAAGCAGCUGCUGUUAGGAUAUACAAUGUAAGUACACGAGAAGUAACUCAAUGGAUCAAAUCAACAAUAUUAGCGGAAGAAAAAAAUAGAUUUGAGAAUGAAGGCGACCCUGUUAAGUUUCCUAUUUAUCAAUUUGGAUUUGAUCCUUCGACUAUGGAACAUAAAGUUUUCUGCUUUUGGAGAGUGACUAGAACCUAAUCUUUUAAUGGGCGUAAUUGUGGAUCGGAAAGUUAUGCUAGUUGGGAGGCGUUGACUGUAGGCCGUGACAUUAAAUGGAGAAGGAUGCCUGUGGUUCCCAGCGAGGACAACAAAAUGAAACUUAAUGAGGUGCUCCCUGCGGCGGACAUGGGAAGUUAUCGUCUGUAUGCAAAUGGUACCAUAUAUUGGUUAAGGUAUUCUUUCAAUCACAAAGAUCUUUAUGAUCCUGAAGUCAUAGUUGCAUUUGAUGUCGGAAGUGAGAAGUUUAGGAUUAUCCCAAUCCCUAACUUCAUCAUUACCGAGCCCCGUGAAGAAAGCUACUCCUCGCCUAUUGCUCUGCUAGAGUUGAAUGGACGUGUAGCUCUAUCAUAUAGAAUGAGUCCUUACCUUCUGAAGUUGUGGAUUUUAGAUGACGGAGUUGGCAAAAAGAUAGGGAAUUGUCAUGGCGAUGAGAGAAAUUGGAGUGCAGAGACUAUUGAACUACCUUUUCGUUGUAAUCCACCAUUUAUCAAUUUUCAUGCAGUUGAGGGAACUGACCAGAUAUAGUCUUUGAGUGCUACGGCGAUUACCAGAGGAAUUUAAAGUUAGUCUCAUUGUAUUCCUACGAUCGCAAGAAAAAGACUUUUAAGAAGGUGGAGAUUGACGGGAUCUCCUUGUUUCCUCUUCACUACUGUAGGUCCGUAUUUACAACUUUCACGGAAAGCCUUUGUUCUGUCGCGUGAAAGGUGUAGCUGUCCACCUUUGAAUCACUUCAGCGAAAGGAAAUAUUUCUCUUUCGACUACAUCUGGCAUGGAUUUCAUGCCGAUUAUAGCUUCUGAAGAUUCUGCUGCUGCUACCUGACAUUGUCAGGUAUUGAAAAAUUAUGUCUGCAUUAGGGUUAGGUACUCAUCCCCGGCCGGCGGUUUCAUUGCUGAGUGAUCGCUCGCUAUCUGGAGUAAUUUCAUAGAUAGGUACUCAUUAGCUUUCAGAGAUCGAGAUGGGAACUCAAUGUCACGAGCAGAGAGACUAACGGCUCUGAAAGAGAGAGACCCAUCCUGGGAUUGUAGUUUAAUUGGUCAGAGCACCGCCCUGUCAAGGCGGAAGCUGGGGUUCGAGCCCCGUCAGUCCCGACAAUGCUUAUGUUUCACGGCUAUAAUGCUAGUUCUGAAUUUCUCGCGGAUGCAAACCGUGGGAUUUCAGAAUCUUGUUUACUUUAGAUUUUAAAUUGCGGAAUUUCCUUUCCCUAUUCUAGUUGUUUUAGGGAUUAUUUCUUUCUUGGUUUCCAAGUUUUGUUAGUUAUUGAGCCUAUAUAGAGAGCAUAUAUUAUCUAAAACAAUUUGUAAAUACAGUUUAUUUUUCUAGUUAUUGUUUACUAGUUUUGCUUCUGCUUUUUUGAAUCCAAUGAUUGUACACACGCUAUCCUUUGGUUGCUGGAUCUCUUUAUAAAGUUUUAAGCCCUCUGUUUACUUACUAA